AUUUAGUUAUUAAUGAUGAUAAGGAAACUAGAUUUAUUAUAAUAAAAGGCGACGCCAAUGGACAUCUGCAAUGCCAAGGGAAUCGCAGAUACGUUGCCAGCCUUGAAGGAGUUUUUCUUCUUCCUUUUAAAGAAGGCCAUUAACGCACUACGCUGCAUAGAAUAUAUACUACGAGCUGUCGCCCGAAAACUUCGUUAGAAAAAAUUAGGACCACCUGUUACCAUUUUGAUAGAUAUGGCCCACCCUUGCGCGCCCUUACCUCCAUCCGCAAUGGAUUUUUUCUUAACGAUUUAAAACUAUACAAACGCGGACAUAGUCCUUAAUCGUACAACAGCGAAGCUAUGAUGGUGUUUUAUUUUCUUGUCUAAGUACAAUUACAGUUACUAAAUACAGUUUUCGCAUACUUUUUGCAGUAGUAAAUUCACUAUCGAAACUACAUCAUGAUCUCUGCUUAUCUUAUCUCUAAACUAUGCUAAACUUGACACAUAUCUGGACUCAUUGCUGUGCGUAGAUUUUUAUUACCGCCGCAACACCUAUAUAGAGGCAUUGUUAUCUCUGUUUUUCCAACGAGAAUGAGGGUGACAGCAGUGUCUUUUGUAUCAGAGUUUGGGCAGUGGAUUAAAUUAAAGCUAAUAUUUUUCUAACAUGAAUGUUGGUUCAAUAAAAUACCUUUUCUCAAUUUUUAAACCUUUUUUUAUUAUUGUACGAAUGAUUAUUAUAUUAGUAUAGAUAAUAUAAAGUCAAGGUUCAUAAUUAUUCUAUUCUCUGUGCUAUUGUGAUGAUAAUUGUCAAAUUUGACAUUUACCUUUCAACAACAACGGUUUUAUCAAGAUUUUGAGAUUGGAUCAAAAGAUAGAGAUAUUUUAAUAUCUUAAUCAGACUGUUUUAUAAAUUUUUUCUAGAUAUAAAAAUGGUUGGGUGGUGAAGGAAUCCAGAUGCGGCAUAGGUGGUGCGCUGGGCUCACCAGUUGAUCAAUGGCCGGCGGCAAGUGGCGCGCCUUCGGGCGGGCGAUGGCCAGAAAGCGAGUCUUCGAGCCAGACCAGCUGGAGGUCAGCAACUUGAGAAGAUGUCUGACGAUAUGGGACCUGACGGCGCUCGGCGUGGGCAGCACGCUGGGAGUGGGCGUGUAUGUGCUGGUGGGCUCUGUGGCGCUGCACUUUGCCGGACCCUCUAUUAUAUUAUCGUUUUUAAUAGCCGCCGUCGCUUCCCUAUUUGCAGGUAUGUGCUACGCGGAGUUUGGUUCCCGCGUACCGAAGGCGGGGUCCGCCUACAUCUACACUUACGUAGCAGUCGGGGAGUUCGUAGCGUUUAUUAUCGGAUGGAAUAUGAUACUUGAAGGUGUUUUUGGUACGGCGAGUGUAGCCCGGGGCCUAAGCUUAUACAUUGACUCGAUGACCAACAAAUCGAUGUCAAACUGGUUUCUGCAAGCAGCGCCAAUCUACUCCCCACAAUUCUCCCCUUACUUUGACUUAUUCUCAUUCCUCGUUGUACUUGUUCUCGGAGCGGUGCUAUCGUUGGGCGCGCGUGAAUCCUCCGCAGUCAACAAGGUGCUGGCCGCCUCCAACAUGCUGGUCAUACUCUUUAUUGUUGUCGCCGGUGCUUUCAAAGCGGACCCUCGUAAUUGGGCUAUCCCGGGUAGUGCGGUGCCGGAUGGCCAUGGUAGCGGGGGGUUCUUCCCGUACGGCGCGGGGGGCACGUUGCGCGGCGCCGCUGUCUGCUUCUACGGUUUCGUGGGGUUCGAUACAAUCAACUCUACUGGUGAAGAGGUGCGGGAGCCGCGGCGCGCUAUCCCGAUAGCAAUCCUGACAGUGCUGAGCAUUGUGUUCGCUGCCUACGCCAGCGUCUCUGUCGUCAUCACCAUGAUGGUACCCUAUUACCUGCAGGACACCGUGGCGUCUGUGGCGACGGCUUUCACAUUCGUGGGCUGGGACUGGGCGCGCUGGGUGGUCUCUGUUGGUGCUGUGUUUGGUAUCUCUGCGAGUCUCUUUGGUUCCAUGUUCCCGUUGCCCCGGCUUCUGUAUUCAAUGGCAUCAGACGGGUUGCUGUGCCACUGGUUGGCACAUGUCACCAGCAAGAGAAAGUCACCAGUUCUCGGCACGAUAAUACCUACAUGCGUCAUAGCCGUGUUAGCUGCUAUCUUGGAGUUGGAGCAGUUAGUGAUGAUGAUGUGUAUAGGAACGCUGCUCUCAUACACUAUUGUCGCAGCUUGCGUUAUAUUGCUAAGGUAUCGUCCAACGCCUUUACACAAUGAGACAGACGCUGUCCGUACUAAGAGUGGUUGCUGUAACAGAAAGUCGAGUGCAUGUACCUCGCGACUCGUCAACACCACUUUAAUUUUCUAUAUCUGCAUUUGUUUAUCAACCGCCCUAGUCGGUAGCUACGUGGAGGAUCCACUCGUGCCUAUUCUAGUUCUUCAUGGCAUUGGCUUGGCGCUGAUGAUAGUCAUAAUAUUGCAGCCGCAAGCAGACGAGGAUCUAACAUUUAAGACUCCUCUAGUGCCAGUCGUACCUUGCCUCAGCAUAUACGCCAACAUACAUCUCAUGAUCCUAAUCAACAUACAAACUUGGAUUCGAGUCGUCAUCUGGAUAGCAAUUGGUAUUCCAGUGUAUUUCAUAUGUACAUGUUACUACAAAAAACUGAGUAGACGCAAUUCCAGUGAAGACAAAACACCGACACAAAUAAACAAGAAUGGCGGCCCUCCAGUGAAGAUAAUCAUCGAAACCCCGACACCUCCUGAUACUAUUAAAAUCAGUAGUAGCCGAGGAGGAGAUUUGAGUAUCAGUUCGACAAUCAAAAGUAGUGUUGUUGGAACACCAGUGGAACAAAAAGUCGUCAGAAAUUAUAUACCUUUUGUUACUGAAGAGAUUAUUGUACAACAAGCAAUCGUAGAGGAUAAUGAAGAGAAGGAAGCGAAAAUAAUUGAUUUAUUAGAUCAAGUGCUACAAGCUGAAGAAGAUUCCUAUGAAGAAAUUAUUACUUUACAGGAACCACAAAAAGAAGAGAAGGAUAAUGCAAUAACAACGGAAUUGCACAGAAAGUCGUUAAGUGAAUUGUCUGACGCAGGAUCGGACGCAUCGUUGGGUAAUCAGGUAUUAUCUAAAUAUGAUGUUAUAGCGCUAGUGCAUAGAGAAGAUUUACCAAAGCUCAAGGAAGAGGAGGAGAAAAAUGAAAUCACCGACCAAAACGACGAUUACGAAUACAUUACAGAGAUCAAUGAAAGUGAAACGAAUUCACGUACAGAUGAAUCAGGGUAUUCUGAUACUUUAGAUAAAAAUACAUUUAGCGAGUCCGUUGAAGAUAACAGGGCACAGGCGCCCGUGAUACCGGUUCCUCCACCUAUGGAUGAAAAUCUUUUUUCCAAUCCAACUUUCAAAAAAUCUUAUACAAUAUCAUCGAGACCGUCAAAGGUGCGAUUAUUUCCUGAACCAACAAAUGAGAAGCCCCGACUGAGUAUACAAUCCAACGGUUCUAUUGAUGAAGCGCCUAUGGUUUUCGGUAGCGAUAAGCAAAUGAAUUUUAUGUCAAAGUUAAACACUAUCUUCCAGACGAAAAUCUCAUCGGUUAAUGAUGGGGAAGAGCUAAGGAAAAGAUCACAUUCGGCUGGGAAUUUAGCAGACAAUGCGGAAUAUUCCUUGAGUCGAGAACGGCCGUCAAUUUUCUUUGAUUUGAAAAAAGAAUUAGAGGCUAGAAAUUUGAAGGAAGUAGACGAGCCUAAAAAGAUUGCAGAAGAUGUAGUUGAUCAUAAAACAGAAUCAAAGAAAAAUGACAACGAUUCAGAUGACGAGGAUAUAAGUUUGAGCAGAGAAGAUUUAAAAUCAAAGUUGGAGAGUAUUUUUGCAGCAGGAGGUCCUCGGUUAGUGAAGCCGAGAGUGAUGGAAUCCAAUCCGCCAACACCCGAGGAACCAUACUCAUGGAGUGCGGAAAACAUAUCGAAAAUUCCGAAGGUAGAAAAAAAUGACACAUUAAAGAGACAGAAAGCAAAGUUUAACGAAGUAUUAAACUCGAUUCGGUUAAGUAUAAAUAAAUCCGAUAAUGUAUAAUCUGUAAGGUUGAUGUAACUCACAAUGACAUAGGUUUCGUAUAAUAUUGCCAGACGUGUGAACCUAGUCGUAUAGUUAAGUGCCUUAUUUAUAAUUGUAUGACUGUGUUGAUAUUUAAAAACUGUUAUUUAUAAACUCGUAAUGUAUUUAGCGAAACGAAUUUUAGAUGUAAGACUGCAUUUCGUUUCUAAUAAAAUAUUUAAUUUCCAUGUAAAGUUCUGUACA